UAAUGUAGUCUGUGUGCCAGUGUGCACAAGACCCCGACACUUCUCCGAAUUUAUCACCUUCAUCUCACAUCAACAUCAUCACAAACUCUCACUGUUCUCAUCACCUUCACUGUCCUCAUCACAUCACCCUUAUCAUCAGGAUGUCGUCAGUCUCCGCAAAGGCCGUCUCUGCGCCGUCACUGCUGCUGGUGCUGGCCGCUGCCUUUGCUGGCGCUGCUCACGAGUGCGAGCGUGAGUGUGUCAUCGGAGACACGCGCACCUGCCACUAUGAGUUCAGCCUGCAGGAGUACCACACCAUGAGCCGCGCCUGCUUCAACUGCCCAGAAAACCUCGAAGACUGUUCCCGUCAGGAGUGCAUCUCAGCAGAUGGCGUCCCGAGGCCCGUCAUUACCAUCAACAGACAGCUGCCCGGCCCCUCCAUACAGGUGUGCGAGGGGGACCGCCUCGUGGUGGACCUGUACAACUUGCUGCUCAGCGACACGGAGACCAUCCACUGGCACGGCAUGCACAUGAGGAACCAGCAGUACUACGACGGCGUGCCCUUCCUCACCCAGUGCCCCGUGAUACGCGGAAAGUUCCGCUACGACUUCAAGGCCAGCACGCCCGGCACCCUCUUCUGGCACUCCCAUGCCGGUCUCCAUCGCGCCAGUGGCGUCCUCGGGUCCCUCGUGGUGAGACAAGCAGAGGACCCUCACCGCGGCCUCUACGACACUGACCUCCCGGAACACGUCAUCAUGCUCAGUGACUGGAGCCACACGUCCGUCGCCACGCAGUUCACGGGGCGCCACCACAGCCAGGGCGACGACUACGCCAGGACUAUCUUAGUUAACGGCAAGGGGAGGAACUCCGCAGCCAAGCUGGAAGGCGUCGAAGCGGCGCAGGUGCCGCUGGAGGUGAUCAAAGUGACGCCGGGACUCAGGCACAGACUCAGGUUCGUCGGUGGUACGGGUCUCAACUGCCCCGUGGUGGUCUCCGUGGACGGCCACCAGCUGGCUGUGAUCGCCACGGACGGUGAGCCCAUCGUGCCCUUCAUCACGGACUCCUUCGUGAUCUACUCAGGUGAAAGGUUUGACGUAGUGUUGGAAGCAAACCAGGCGACUGACAACUACUGGUUCAGAUUCAACGGACUCAUCGACUGCUCGAAGAUGGAGUGCGUGCAGGGCGCCGUGCUGCGGUACGAGGGAGCCCCGGACCAAGAACCUUUGGGGUCCCUCACUUACGACCCGAGCUACCCAGGCGUGGUGGUGAACCCUCUCAACACUGCAGGCGACGCCCUGGAGGAGGUCACGAUGGUGGAGCUGGAUGCCCUCAUGCCCUCCAUGCUGCAGCAGGCGGUCGACAAGCAGUUCUAUCUCGGCUUCGACUUUAAGCGGGUCAACAACACGCUGCUGUACAAUCCCGAACUUUAUCCUUACAACGCAGUGAGCGAGGAGUGGCAGGUCAACACUCCGCAGAUCAACGGCAUCUCCUUCCUCAGCCCCCCCUCCCCGCCACUCUCGCAGCCCCACGACCCGCAACCGACGCUGUGCUACUAUGGCCAGGAUCCGAUAUGCGAGGGAGACUUCUGUAGGUGCACGUACGUCCUGGAGGUGGCGCUUGGGGAGACGGUGGAGUUCGUGCUGGUGGACGAAGGCAACAUUGGUGACGAAAACCACCCCUUCCACAUGCACGGCUACCACUUCCACGUGGUGGCCAUGGGGAGACUCGGCCACAACACCUCGCUGGCGGAGGUGGCGGCGCUGGACGCGGCUGGCGGCAUCACACGCAAGCUGGAAGACGCCGUUCUGAAGGACACUGUCACCAUUCCUGACGGAGGCUACACCAUCAUCAGGUUCACCGCAGACAACCCAGGCUGGUGGCUCAUGCACUGCCACCUGGUGUUCCACUCCGAGAUGGACAUGGUGGCUGCGUUGCACGUGGGCGGACUCGAUGACGUGCCUCCCGUGCCUGAGAACUUCCCCACCUGCGGCUCCUUCAUGCCCGCCCUGUAGCGUUUACCACGCACGCGUUCCACCCAGCUCCGUCUCAAACUGGCCUUGGCACGCGGCCAUCGGUUGACAGGUGUUAUCCAACUAUAUUUAGUGUAUUAUUAAUCAAAGACAUAUUGUGUUAAUAAAAGAGAGACAUUUCCUCA